CGGAGUCAGACAUUUACUCGAUAUCACGAGAAAAAAGGAAAAGCCCACACUGUGGAAACUGGGAACUGAGUCAGAUGUGCUUUCAAUUCUCUCGAGGGACUUAAAAAACAACAAAAAUAACGUGCUCUUAAAUUUGCGGAUACAGCGACAUUCUGAUUUUAUCCGAAGGAGUACAAAUUGCAGUUACUUGGAUGCCAGACUGUAAUACAUCCAGUGCUCUGCUUCACGCCCCCUUAACAUUCUGAACUUUGUUAGCUUUAAAUCAUGCGUUUCUUACUUUCCCGUUAUAUUCAUAACGUGGAGUGAUGUUGAUGCGCGCAGUUCCCUGUUAAAUGAUCUCCAUCUGCAGCAUUGACGAAGGUGCGCAGGUCUCGUUCCCCUGCGAAGUCGGCAACUGCUAAAAUCAAAUUGGACAACAUUGUUCGAAAGACGACAUUGCGGACCUGAUCUGCUUAUACAUUUUAAACAAUUAUUGACAGUGCUGAGGUGCAGCAAGAAACAUCAGUUUUAUAAUUUGGGAAGAGGGAGACGAGAAACGACUCUAUCCCUCAAGUGAUCGGAGUUCUGGGAAUCUGAAAACGUUAUGACUAGGGAGCCGUGGCUCCAGUCUCUGGUUUUACAGUAAAAGCGAGCUUACACAUCACGGUGCGCUCAGACUGAAGCGGGCAAGCGUGAGCCGGGCAAGGCAAGGCACGGCUCUACAGAGAGCCCUCUCGCUCCGUCACACCACCCUGCUACGCUCCACUUUCACUCAGAAUCGUUCUAAUGUGCGUUCAGAAGACGGGUGGACUUUAUACGGUUACACUGUGCUGUCUGAUGGCUGAGAACCUGGAAUGAAUCAGUGGAUUAAGUUGAAAGCGCAACGGUGCAGUUUUUGUGGGAAGUAAAUACAUUUUUAAAAGGAUCCGCCGCUUGGUUCGACUCAAUGGAUCUUGGUUGGAAUAGUUUGGAUUGGUUUGGAGGGUCUAACUUCUAAUGCAUUUUGGAGCGACGCCACUUUCCCUUAAAUAAAACUCGAGUUCACAUAAUAUUCAUCGGAUAAAGCUUAACACAUCGCUAAGCAAUGAUGUUGGCUACUUUCUAUUUCGUUUUGCCUUUGCUGGAUGCGGUGUUGUCGGCUGACUCGACUCUGAUGCCGGGCUCUGCCCGACUGGACUGCGUUAAGGCGAGUGAGCAGUGCCUCAAAGAACAGGGCUGCAGCACCAAGUACCGAACGCUUCGGCAGUGCGUGGCCGGCAAAGAAGGCAAUUUCAGCAUGGUGGCCGGGCCAGAAGCGAAGGACGAGUGCAGAAGAUCCAUGGAUGCACUCAAACAGAGCCCACUGUACAACUGCAGGUGUAAAAGAGGAAUGAAGAAAGAGAAAAACUGCCUGCGGAUCUACUGGAGUAUUUACCAAAGUUUGUUGGGAAAUGAUUUACUGGAAGAUUCCCCAUAUGAACCAGUGAACAGCAGGCUUUCUGAUAUAUUCCGAUUAGCACCAAUCAUUUCUGGAGAGCCUGCAAUCACAAGGGAAAACACCUGCCUGAACGCCGCCAAAGCCUGCAACCUGAAUGACACGUGCAAAAAGUACAGAUCGGCCUAUGUUACCCCCUGUACCACACGUGUCUCCAAUGCCAAUCUCUGCAACAAGCGCAAGUGUCACAAGGCUCUCCGGCAGUUUUUCGAUAAAGUGCCUCCCAAACACAGCUAUGGGUUGCUUUUCUGCUCCUGCCCUCCAGGCGAUCAGGCUGGCUGCAUGGAGAGGCGGCGGCAAACCAUUGUUCCCAUAUGCUCCUACGACGACAAGGAAAAACCAAAUUGCUUGUCUUUGCAAGUGUCGUGCAAGACGAAUUACAUCUGCAGGUCAAGACUUGCAGAUUUCUUUGCCAACUGUCAGCCUGAGUCACGAUCCAUGAGUGGUUGCAUAAAAGAGAACUACGCUGAUUGCCUCCUUGCCUAUUCAGGUCUGAUAGGCACAGUAAUGACACCAAACUACUUGAAAUCAAGCAGCAUCAGUGUUUCUCCAUCCUGCGACUGCAGUGGCACUGGUAACAACAAAGAAGAGUGUGAAAAAUUUUUGAACUUCUUCAGGGAUAAUGCUUGUCUUAGAAAUGCAAUACAAGCAUUUGGUAACGGCACCGAUGUAAAUGUAUGGCAACCCAUGCCUCCUGUUCAAACAACUACAUCAACUACAACACCAUCUAACAAAAUUAAAGAGAGAUCUCCCAAUUCUUUGGACUCUUCAACCCAUAUCAAUGAGAUCAGCACUUCAGAUGAUGCUAACACCUACCACAUGUGUGCAAGCUUACAGGCUCAGAAACUGAAAUUGAAUCAUUCAUUGGACACAUCCAUAUGUGAGGUCAUGCCCAAUGAGGAAGCCGGAUCCAAAGAUCUCAUCAUGUCAAAAAAUUCCUGCAGAGCUGCAACACCAUUUUAUCUGAGCACCCUGGUGCUCAUUCUCAUCGCCGUGGUGCACUCUGCUCUUCUGGCUGUUGACUCUGCUAAAACAUUAUAGCUGCAUUCAUAAUAACAAACAUAAUGAACCUGUUAAAACAAAUAGUCUGUUCCCAGUCUCCUGUUGUAUUUGUUCCAAGAAUCCAGUUGUAGAGGGUAUGUGAAGCACCUGAAGUGGUCUCACUGUAACUGGAAUUCAUUAAAACAAAGCUUCUUGUGGUAUUUUGGGGCUAUGUGAAUACUUGAUGCAGUGCUACAUUCCAAAUCAGAAUGGCUUGUGGACAUGUGGAGUCUUUUGGAGAGCUGAGAAAAUGAAGACAAGAUUUCUUUAUUCACUGUACAGUAACUUGGCUUAGGAUUCAGAAUGGAAGGACAGAAGCAUUUUUAUCGUUGAAAACCUUGUUUGUGGUGUCCGUGUGUAAUAUUUUUUCUUUUGUUCUGAAACCUGUGAGCAAAGAAGAACACAGCAGGGGAGAGGGGAGAAAUUUUAGUGGGGAAGCACUCACUUGUCCAGGAGAACUGUAGUAUCACGCUGAGAACGACUUAGUGAGUGGGCCUUUCUUGUGGCUUUUAUCCCUUUUUUUUUUGUGGACUGCUAAAAUGUUGAAAACAUUACAUAUAUAAAUAUAUAUUUUCUCUUUCGCUAGCCACCUUCUACUUUUAAUGUAGUUGCAAGUGGUUCUGUACAGAUGCUCCAGAGAAUGUUAGGUCACAUCAGUAUUUUCUUUUUCUUCUGUUCUUAUGUUUUAAGAGAUCCCUAACUGCUGUAUUGAAAUUUAACAUUACUAUGCUUUUCACAUUAUAGCAAAUAUUGGCAAGCCUUAAUAAUAUAACCCUGUCUAUUACGUUUCUUUAACUGGGAGAUAACAAAGUUAACUGUAAAGGAAAUUGGGAAAUAAGAGUUCUGUUUAAAGAUGCAUUGAUUUUACAAACUUUGCUUAAUGACUAAAAAAUACAAAUAUAUAUUCAUGAUUAACACCGAGCGAGAGCUUUUAAAGUGGCUACAACAACAGUUUAAUCAGCAUAUUAUCUUAAGCAGUGUUAUAACCAAUAGCUCAUGCCUUUACUCUGAAUUUAGCAGAUUAACAGCCUGUGUUUCCUUUCUUCAGUCUCUAAUAUUUACUGUAUUACAAAAACAUCUCUUUGUGCUACAGCAUCAGAUCUGUGACGAAAACACAGCUACUCUGAGUAAAGUGACACUGGCCGUCUCCAUACCUGGCCAGUUAUAGUCUGAGCUGCUUUUCAUCACAAUUUUAGUUUUUGUAACUGGACAGUGAUAUAAAUGGCUACAUCUUGGCCACACUGAACCACAAGUGCAGCAAAGCAGUGUACUCAAGAGUCACAGAGAUUCUCCUUUUGAUUGUGAGGCCUGGAAAUCGAUAAGAUUCCUCAGUAAGUCAGCGUUUCUUUUUACUGUCAAAUAUGUAUGUAAUAUUUUCUAAGUUAUAAAUGACAUCAUUCAGUAUAUCACACAUGAAGCAGCAAAUGGAGCUGUAGAUCAGUAACCAUAAAACACGUGACAAAAAAUGAGAACAUAAGAAACAAGGCACUACUCAGUCCAUGUAGGUCAUUGCUAGGUUGUCCUAAUAUUCCAUCCAGAUGUGUUUUUAUAAGCCAUUAGGGUCACUGCUUCAGGCUUGCAACUCUAUAUUUUAUUUCAAGCCACUUGGUUUUCCACAGCGUAUUUUUUUAAAUAUGGUGUUCUCCUUAUGCCAUGUGAGGUGGAUUGGCCAUUCUAAAUUGGCAUAGUGUGGCUUCAUUGAUAGACUAGUGUCCAGUCCUCAUAUGGCUCACACCAUUGGGUGUUUGGGUAUGGCUUCAGUUCCUCGGGACCCUGAACUGGUCUAGAAAUGGGAAUAAGGGUGAAAGAUUGACUGACAGCAGAGAAUUGUUUUGUUGUGAGUAAGCAACGUAAUAAAUAAUCCCUAAAUAAAUUUUAUACUUACCUAAACAUAUCGGGAAACUAAGUAUUCUUUUAGAAUACAUUACAUAAAAAUCGGUUUAUGAAGGGCUGCUUCCAUAUGUACCUUAAAGAAAAAAAAUAAGUGCAAAGUUAAUUCCACUUUGGAUAACAAAAAAGUCAGAAACUCAACCGGCUCAGUUUGUGAUGAGUCCCGUCAAUGGACAUUACAGCUGUUUGGCAGGCCCAUAUGCGCGGCAAACACAAUAGCCUACAGUAUUUGAACUGUUGAGGCCUCGUCAGGCAUGCAGAGUGCGGCUCAAAAACCAAAGCAACGUGCUUCUGACUUUCUUUUUAUUUUGAGGCAUGGAAUUAACUUUCACCUUUUUCCUUCCAGCCUGAGCAUUUCAUGCCCAACCUAGUCGCUGUCUGUCAGAAGUGCACCCAUUUUUAUGUUCUGCUAUCUGCAGGAGUAUUCCCCUUGAUGGACUAAUGUCCUGUCCAGGUUUGCUGUCUUGUCAGCCCCCAAUUCUGUCACAGUACAAGUAGCAGGGUCCAAAAACAAAAGCUGCACAAUUAAGAAUUUAUAACAAAUUCAUUCUUACUAAUAUACGAAAACAUUUCUGUAAUAUCCCAAAAAAUGAAACAAUGCCAAAAUUAUUCAUUUUUAUUGGACACACGGGCAUCACAGCAGCACUACUGUAGCUUUACAGUCCCAGACGUGUUCUGGUUUGGCUGACUGGCAAUUCUAAGUCGAGUGAGUGUGUUGGCAUCCCAUCAAAGGCUUAUACUCGAUGCCAACUGGACAGGCUUUGACCUUCAUCACACUGUAAUGGAAUUAAAGUCUGUAGAAAAUGAAGGUUUAUGCUUGAGCGGCACACGAUGCCAUGACAGUAUGCUGUCUGUGUGCGUAUGCUGGAGAAAAACAGUUUGGAUGCAGUCUAAUGAAUUACAUUUACUUCUAUUUCUCUUACUUUCUUAACCUAUGAGGGGAUAGCCAAGUUUUCUUUAAAGUUCUCUUUUAAAUAAGCCUUUCCAAUAAAAAUUUCAGUUCGUGUUUUUGUUUUAUAUCAUUAUGUGUAAAGUCCCUUGCUGAUUCACAGCCUAUUAAAUCAGAUUAAAGCUGAAGACAUUUUAAAUAACCAAAUGCUUGUUUUAUUGUAAGUUACUGUUUAAUCGAUCACCAAUUCCUAAACUAUAACACGCAUCAUUGAACCACAGCUAAAACUGGUCUUGAUAAAAA